GUGCAAUGAUGUGCAAUGAUUGUGCUGUGGAGAUACUUGAAACAGACAACAAAGUUGAAGAAGACCAGGAAGCUGAGAGGCCAUGUCAGCCAUGGACAUGGUCGUAUUGGCAAGCACAGGAAGCAUCCUGGUGGUCGUGGUAACGCUGGUGGUCAGCAUCAUCACAGAAUUAACUUUGACAAAUACCAUCCAGGUUACUUUGGUAAAGUUGGUAUGAGGUAUUACCACAAGACAUUGAACAAGUUCUUCUGUCCCACUGUUAAUUUGGACAAACUGUGGUCCCUUGUGUCAGAGCAGACCAGACAAAAGUAUGCAGAUAACAAAGAGAAGGCUCCUGUUAUUGAUGUUGUACGAGCUGGCUACUACAAGGUUCUAGGAAAAGGACAUUUACCCAAGCAGCCAGUGAUUGUGAAGGCCCGCUUCUUCAGCCGAUCAGCCGAAAUUAAAAUCAAGGCAGCUGGUGGUGCCUGUGUUCUAGUGGCAUAAAUAUGGACUUGAUAUAUUAUUUAUGACAUUAAAAGCAGGCUAAAUA